AUGAUAAUUUGCAAAACAUCAUUUUUCUUUCAGGGCACUGUAAAUUGGUCUGUUGAUGAUAUUGUCAAAGGCAUAAAUAGCAACAAUUUGGAAAGCCAGCUACAAGCUACUCAGGCUGCCAGGAAACUGCUUUCGAGAGAAAAACAGCCGCCCAUUGACAACAUAAUCCGGGCUGGUUUGAUUCCAAAGUUUGUGUCCUUCUUGGGCAGAACUGACUGUAGCCCCAUUCAGUUCGAGUCUGCCUGGGCCCUCACGAACAUUGCUUCUGGGACGUCCGAGCAGACCAAGGCUGUGGUGGAGGGAGGCGCCAUCCCGGCGUUCAUCUCCCUGUUGGCAUCUCCCCACGCGCACAUCAGCGAGCAGGCCGUGUGGGCACUGGGAAACAUCGCAGGUGACGGUUCUGUUUUCCGAGACUUGGUGAUCAAGUAUGGUGCUGUUGACCCGCUGUUGGCUCUUCUUGCGGUUCCUGACAUGUCAUCCUUGGCCUGUGGCUACCUGCGGAAUCUCACCUGGACGCUCUCCAACCUCUGUCGCAAUAAGAAUCCCGCCCCCCCAGUUGAUGCUGUGGAGCAGGUUCUUCCCACUCUGGUCAGUCUCCUGCAUCACGAUGAUCCAGAGGUGUUGGCAGACACCUGCUGGGCCAUCUCCUACCUUACGGAUGGUCCGAAUGAACGGAUUGAGAUGGUCGUGAAAACAGGAGUAGUGCCGCAACUUGUGAAGCUCCUUGGAGCAACUGAAUUGCCAAUUGUGACUCCGGCCCUGAGGGCCAUAGGGAAUAUUGUCACUGGGACGGACGAGCAGACUCAGGUUGUGAUCGAUGCUGGAGCACUUGCUGUCUUUCCCAGCCUACUAACCAACUCCAAGAGUAACAUUCAGAAGGAAGCCACGUGGGCGCUGUCCAACAUUGCUGCGGGCCGUCAGGACCAGAUACAGCAGGUUGUGAACCAUGGGUUAGUCCCAUUCCUCGUCAGCAUCCUCUCAAAGGCAGACUUUAAGACACAGAAGGAAGCAGUCUGGGCAGUGACCAACUACACCAGCGGUGGGACCGUUGAGCAGAUCGUUUACCUCGUUCACUGUGGCAUAAUAGAGCCGCUGAUGAACCUCUUAACUGCAAAAGACACCAAAAUUAUCCUGGUCAUUCUGGAUGCCAUUACAAAUGUCUUUCAAGCUGCUGAGAAACUAGGUGAAACUGAGAAGCUUAGUAUAAUGAUUGAAGAAUGUGGAGGCUUGGACAAAAUUGAGGCUCUGCAAAACCAUGAAAAUGAAUCUGUGUACAAGGCUUCAUUAAACUUGAUUGAGAAGUAUUUCUCUGUAGAGGAAGAGGAAGAUCAAAAUGUUGUGCCUGAAACUACCUCUGAAGGCUACACCUUCCAAGUUCAGGAUGGGACUACUGGGACUUUUAACUUUUAGGCUGUCCAUCUGAGGCGGAAAGCUGUUGGUUGUGUGCUGUUUGGUAGAAGUUUGUCUUACUGUGUCUCUGCUAAGAACUGUUUUUAAACGUGGUUUGUUAUUGUAGCACUUUUUUCAUCAAAACUAUACUUGAACAGUUCCAAACUGUACAUACUGUAUGAAGCUUGUCCUCCAAAUGGGUUUCUUAUUUCUAUGUGGAAUUUCCUAUCUUGCAAUGUCCUGUAAAUAAAGAUUAAAGUCCCCCCUUUCUUUACUUCA